GGGAGAUGGCUGUUCCCUACUACACGGGACACGUGACUGACUGGGUCGUGACCAAGGCCGGCUCUUCCACCUUCGAGAGAGCCCUUUGGACUAUGUCUGUCCUCACAGUGGGCAGCGCCGUGACUGAGUUUCUCUGCGACUGCCUCUACAACGCCACCAUGAACCGGAUCCACACCCGCCUCCAGAGCACCGUCUUCAGCUCCGUCCUACGCCAGGACAUUGGGUUCUUCCAUGCGAACCGCACAGGAGACAUCACGUCUCGCAUCACCUCAGACACCGACACUAUGAGCGAAGCCCUGUCGGGGGACCUGAGCCUACUGAUGUGGUACCUGAUCCGGGGGACCUUCCUCUACGCCAUGAUGCUGUGGGUCUCCACGCCCCUGGCCUUAUUUGUCACUGUGGGGCUGCCCUUCAUCCUCCUCCUGCCAAAACUCUCUGGGAAAUUUCACCAGAACUUGGCACUUCGCGUCCAGGAGUCCUUGGCCAAGGCCAACGAAGUGGCGGUGGAGACCUUCCAAGCCAUCUCCACCGUCCGCAGCUUUGCAAACGAGGUGGGGGCGGCCCAGCACUAUGAGGAGAGGCUGCAGAGGACUUACCAGCUUAACAAGUGGGAGGCCGUGGCUUAUGCCUCCUCCUUGUGGACUAGCAGCAUUUUAGGAUUGGCUCUCAAAGUAGGGGUUCUGUAUUACGGGGGCCGCCUGGUGACGCUAGGGGCUGUGAGCAGCGGCGAUCUAGUGACCUUUGUUCUCUACGAAAUGGAGUUCUCCUCAGCGGUGCAGACCCUCCUUCGUUUUUACCCAAAUGUGCAAAAAGCCAUUGGAUCGUCCGAGAAGAUUUUCGAAUACAUGGACCGGACGCCCCAGAUCAGCCCCUCGGGGACGCUGGCACCCCCGGAUUUACAGGGACACAUCGUCUUGCAGGAUGUCUGGUUCUCUUACCCGGACCGGGAUGAUACUCUGGUGCUGAAGGGUGUGACCCUGCAGCUGCGACCCGGCACUGUGACUGCGCUGGUCGGCCCUUCGGGAUCCGGGAAGAGCACCGUGGUGGCCCUGCUGGUGCGGUUCUUUGAUCCGGAGCGAGGGCUGGUGGUGCUGGAUGGGAGAGACCUGCGGGAAUAUGAGCAUCGCUUCUUGCAUCGCAAGGUGGCGCUGGUGAGCCAGAGUCCUGUGCUGUUUGCUCGGUCACUGCAUGGGAACAUCGCUUAUGGAUUGGGAGAGCAGAGUCCGGAGGAGGUACAGCAGGCAGCCCAACGAGCCGGAGCACACCGAUUCAUCAACGGACUGAGCCACGGCUACGACACAGAUGCCGGGGAAACGGGGAGCCAGAUCUCUGGGGGGCAGAGGCAGGGGGUCGCCAUUGCCCGGGCUCUAAUCCGAGACCCCAGAGUGCUGAUCCUGGAUGAUGCCACCAGCGCUCUCGACAUGGAGAGUCAGCAGCAGGUGGAGAAGGAAAUCUACGAGGAGGCAGCUCGCUCCGGUCGCUCCGUGUUGCUGAUCUCCCACCGCCUCCGCACCGUGGAACGGGCCGACCACAUCCUGGUGAUGGAAGAGGGGCAGAUCCGGGAGGAGGGGACCCACCAGCAACUCGUGAGGAAGAGGGGCGCCUACUGGCAGCUGCUGCAGACUCAACAGAACGGGGCAGAGGGGAAGGCCCAGCAGCCUGGAGAGGGUGGCCUGGCGCAGCGGGGUAGCAUCUCCGAGCCCCGGGUCCGACUCCCCCGCCGCCAUCGAGGGGCACGGGGGGAAUCGUGGGCCCGCCGCUCUCCCUCCGCCUGGCCCACCUCGCGGGGCGGUUGCAAGGGAGGAGACAAGCACGAGGGAGAUAGAAAUAGACUUGCAACUGGAGCGGGGCUGGUCUUCCCCGGCUUGGCCCCACCUGGUCCAGAGCAGUCCGGCCGGGGAGACCCCCAGUCUCCCGCCCCAGAUCCAUCCUCCGGGGGCCCCUCCGUCUGCACCCUCAUCUCGGCGAGGCGGGCCAUGGCGCUGCAGGACGUGUGCGGGCUGAGCCGGGGGGCGUGGGGCGCGGCCGGGGGGGCGCCGGCGCCGGGGGGCGACGCCGGGAGUUACCUCUUCGGGGCGCGGGAGCCCCGCAUCGCCGUGGCCCCCGGCAGGCAGCCUUCUGAGUUCCUGCAGACCCUCAGCGAGGGCAGCGGAGAUGGGCACCGGAUCGAGCUGGCUCAUGGCACCACCACCCUGGCCUUCACUUUCCAGCACGGGGUGAUCGUGGCCACUGACUCCAGGGCUUCAGCAGGAAAAUAUAUCUCCACUCUGCUUUUCAACAAAGUGAUCGAGAUCAACCCCUACCUGCUGGGCACCAUGUCCGGAAGCGCGGCUGACUGCCAGUACUGGGAGCGACUCCUUGCCAAAUACUGCAGGCUCUAUUACCUGCGCAACAAGGAACGGAUCAGCGUUUCGGCGGCCUCCAAGCUCCUGGCCAACAUGCUGUCCGAGUACCGGGGGAUGGGCCUCUCGGUGGGGAGCAUGCUGUGCGGAUGGGACAAAAAGGGCCCAGGCCUUUACUACAUAGAUGACAAAGGGGUACGCCUCUCAGGGCCCCUCUUUUCCACAGGAAGUGGAAACACAUAUGCUUAUGGCGUGCUGGACAGUGGAUACCGCCCCGAUCUCAGUGUGGAAGAGGCCUACGACCUUGGCAGAAGGGCCAUCUCAUACGCCACCCACCGUGAUGCCUACUCUGGAGGGGUGGUGAACAUGUAUCACAUGAAGGAAGACGGCUGGAUCCGGGUUGGACGCACCGACGUCGCUAUGCUGCUCGACCAAUAUGCAGAGGCCAAGAACAACUUUCUGGGGCAAAGGAAUGUCGUUCCAGGGCAGAGGAACCUCACCUGGGCCCCCCAGCGCCCUUUACACACCCACCCUCUGCUCUCGGGAGGAAAUGCCGCGGGGGAAGCCGGCGGGGCGGGGCCGGGGCCGGAGUUCCCCUUGAAAACGAAAGCAGCCAGUUCAAGACCCUCGAUCGGGAAGCUCCGUGCUGGAGGCGUCUGGGGUGCGGAUCCUGCCACCAUGGGCCUCUCCACCGCUUUCCACUCAGCUGCCCCACUACUUUUGUGCGAUGUCGGCCUCCUCUGCUUGCUGGACCUGUGGCAGCCCUCCUUGGCCCCGCUGGGGGUCCCAGCAACGUGGCUGGAGGCCGGGCUGCGUCUGAUGGCUCUCUUGGGGCUCUGGGGGCUGCUCGCUAUGGCCCAGCCCUCCCAGAUCUCUCCUGCAGCUGUGGCGACUUUGUGUCUGUUGCCCCCUAUUUACUACUGGGUGGGACACUGGUUUGGAGACCCCCCUCUCCUGCUCUCUUCAGCCCCCUGGUCCUGGCUGCUGCUGGGCUAUGGGGUGGUGUGUCUGGUCUGUGUCACCUGGGGGGGCCUGGGGAAGGGGGGCAGCGGAGGAGAAACCAAGAAAGAAGACAAAGCCACGCUGUGGAAGUUGCUGAAGCUGUUCCGUCCGGACGCCCUGUGCCUUGGUGGGGCUUUUCUGUUCCUCACUAUGGCAGUGAUUGCUGAAACAUUCAUCCCCUACUAUACUGGGCAAGUGAUCGACAUCUUGGGCAAGAAAUACGACUCGGAUGCCUUCUCGGGUGCCAUCUUCCUUGUCUGUCUGGCGUCCCUUGGCAGUUCUUCGUUCGCAGGCUGCCGUGGGGGCCUCUUCAUGUUCGCCAUGUCCCGGAUGAACAUCCGGGUCCGUGGCCUUCUCUUCUCUUCUCUGGUGCGGCAGGAUCUGGCGUUCUUCCAGAAAGUCAAAACAGGGGACCUGACCUCCCGCCUCGCCAAAGAUACGACCAUGAUGAGCCGUUCAGUGCCGGCCAACAGCAACAUCUUCCUGCGCAGCCUCAUCAAGGCCCUCUGGCUGUAUGGCUUCAUGUUCCUCCUCUCGCCGCGCCUGACUCUGCUGACCUUUGUCGAGACACCACUCAUGAUGGCCCUCCAGAAGGUCUAUGACGCCCGACACCAGGCUAUGCUGCAGGCGAUCCAAGACUCCCUGGCACGCUCCGGGGAGGUGGUGCGCGAAACACUGUCUUCCAUUAAGACGGUGCGCAGCUUCGCCACCGAGGAGGAGGAAUCCCGGCGCUACGAUGCAACCUUGGCUGAGACCCAGCGGCUCAAGAACCAGCGAGAUCUGGAGCGGGCUCUUUAUCUGCUCGUCCGGCGGGUCAUUCGUCUGGGCCUCCACCUCCUCAUGCUGUAUAGCGGGUACCAGCAGAUCUCGUCCGGCCUGCUCACCAAGGGGAAUCUGAUCUCCUUUAUCCUCUACCAAGGGGAUGUGGGGAUGCAUGUACAGACCCUGGUGUACAUGUACGGAGACUUCCUGAGCAACGUGGGGGCCGCAGAGAAGGUGUUUGAAUACCUCCAUCGGGAGCCGGUGGUCCGCACAGACGGGGCUCUGGCCCCAGCCAUCCCCCGAGGCUGUGUCUCCUUCCGAAACGUUUCCUUCUGCUAUCCCUCUCGGCCGGAUAUCCAGGUCUUAAAGAACGUCUCCUUCGAGCUCCACCCCAGAGAGGUGACGGCGCUGGUGGGCCUGAAUGGCAGUGGGAAGACCACCUGCGUGGCCCUGCUGGAGCGGUUCUAUGAGCCCCAGUCUGGGGAGAUCCUGCUGGACGGGCACCCAAUCCAGGAGUAUGAGCACAAAUACCUGCACAGACAGGUGGCACUGGUGAGCCAGGAGCCGGUCCUCUUCUCUGGGUCCGUUAGGGACAAUAUCGCCUAUGGGGUGGAAGGCUGCAGCGAGGAAGAUGUGAUCAGGGCAGCAAAAGAUGCCAAUGCUUUGGAGUUCAUCAAGGAGCUGGAAGGAGGGUUUGCCUCAGAUGUGGGGGAGAAGGGGGGACAGAUGUCAGUGGGGCAGAAGCAGCGCCUGGCGAUCGCCCGAGCCCUGAUCCGUAACCCCAAAGUCUUGAUCUUGGACGAAGCUACAAGUGCCUUGGAUGUGGAGAGCGAAGCCUCGAUCCAGAAGUCAGUGCUCAGCAGCCAAGGCCGGGCUGUGCUGGUGAUCGCCCACCGCAUGCAGACGGUGGAGAAUGCUGACAAGAUCGUGGUGCUGGAAGGCAGGAUGGUGGUUGAGGAGGGGACCCACGAGGAGCUGAUGAGCCGGAGGGGACCCUACUACAGACUGGUGCAAAGGAACUGGACCCAGUGAU